AGUAGCCGCACAAGCAGCGCGCUGAGCUGAGGGAUCUAUUGUUCCUCUGGCUUUUUUAUUUUUUCUCCUCCACUCAGACCUCAUUCUUCUCCACUGACCCAGAGAACACAGUGAAGAAGAAAUAAAAGGAGGGAAAAUAGAAGAGUUAGUGGAGAAAAAGAGAGACAAGUGGAUUACCCUUUCCUGGAGGAACCGCGUACAGAAGAGUGAGAGGGACAAUAGCAGGCACACUUUCCCCUGUGCCGCAUCUUCUCGUGCAUACAUCUCCUGCUGAGUGUGUGUGUAUCGUGCGGGUCUGUUUGGCCAGACUUGAGCCGUGUGGAUCUAUCUAGCCGGGCUGAAGCCAUGGGGCUGGCCAGCAGGGCGGCAGGAAGAGGGGGCACUUCAGCAGGGGCUCUUGCCACCCUCUUCAGAGUAGCUCUGCUCUUUUUUGGGCUUCGGGAUAUCCAGACGCAAACAGUCGCUAACACAAAACCCACCUACAUCUGGCAAACAGGGCCGUGGGGUAGGUGCAUGGGUAGUGAGUGUGGUCCAGGAGGAAGUCAAAGCAGAGCAGUAUGGUGUGCCCAUUCUGAGGGCUGGACCACGUUACACACCAACUGCCAGCAGUCAGAGCGACCCAGCAACCAACAGAGCUGCUUCCGGGUGUGCGAUUGGCACAAAGAGCUGUACGACUGGCAGCUAGGGGCCUGGAAUCAGUGCGUGCCAGUGUCUAUGCGUAGUGCGGGCGUGCCAAGGCCAGCGGUGUGCACUCGGGGCGAAGAGGGCAUCCAGACACGGGAGGUGGGCUGCGUGCACAAGUCGGAUGGCGUUCCUGCGGAAGAUGCCAUCUGCGAGUACUUUGAGCCCAAGCCACGGUUAGAGCAGGCCUGCCUUAUCCCAUGCCCACGUGACUGCGUAGUGUCCGAAUUCUCUCCAUGGACGUCCUGCUCUAAGAGUUGUGGGAUGGGCUUGCAGAACCGUUUGCGAUGGGUUCUUGCCCCGCCCCUUUUUGGCGGUUCGGCUUGCCCCAACCUCACAGAGUUCCGUACCUGUCAGCCGGGCCCCUGCAAGGGUGAGGAGAGCCUGCACAGCCUGAGGGUGGGACCUUGGGGCCCCUGCAUGGGUUCGCCUAUACGACAGGCCCGAGAAGCCAGAGAGCCCAAACCUGAACGGAAAGCAAAGCGGGAUCGGCAAGCCAGGCAGGAACGCCAGGGCAAGCGCCGCAAGAACAAAGAGAAAAAAGAGGUGAAGGAAAACAAAGGACAACGUGUGAAGGACAGGGUCAGAGUGAAGGGAAGGAUGAGGGAUCCUGAGACCCGAGAGCUCAUCAAAAAGAAGAGGACGAGGAAUCGUCAGAACCGCCAGGGGUUGAAGUUCUGGGACCUGCAGGUGGGAUACCAGACCCGGGAGGUGACGUGUGUUCACCGAAGCGGAAGCACAGCAGCGCUCAGCCAGUGUAACCAGCAGACUCUUCCUGUGACAUAUCAAGCCUGUGUCAUCCCAAAGGACUGUGAAGUGAGCGAGUGGUCAGACUGGUCUACCUGCUCAAAGGAGUGCUAUGAUCUGAAUGGGCGUAAGGGACAGAGGACACGUACGCGUCAGGUGAAGCAGUUCCCAGUUGGUGGAGGGGCCGAGUGUCCUGAGCUGGAAGAGAGUGAACCAUGUUCUCCUCAAGGAGAAGGAAUCCCACCAUGUAUAGUGUAUAAUUGGCGAACCACAGAGUGGAGCGACUGCAGGGUGGACGUGCUCCUCAGCCAACAGGACCGUCGCCGGAGCAACCAGACAGGGCUCUGUGGAGGCGGGGUUCAAACCAGGGAGGUCUACUGUGUUCAAGCCCCCACCGAAACCUCAUCUAACCUCGGCUCCCUCAAGAACAAAGACGGCUUGCGGCCGGUAAACAGUGACCUGUGUUUGGGCAUUUCUCCUAACACCACCCAGCUCUGCCAUAUUCCCUGUCCCGUGGAGUGUGAAGUGUCCUCCUGGAGCGCAUGGGGUCCCUGCACCUUUGAAAACUGCCAGGAUCAGUCCACAAAGAAAGGUUUCAAACUGAGGAAAAGGAAAAUCUUGAAUGAUCCCACGGGUGGCACAGGAAAUUGCCCCCACCUGACGGAGGCAAUUCCCUGUGAGGAGCCCAGUUGCUAUGAAUGGCUGCUGGUGAAGUUGGAGGAGUGUGUGCCUGACAAUGACAAAGUAUGUGGACCGGGAACCCAGAACCCACAAGUACAGUGUGUCAACAGUGAUGGUGAAUUUGUGGACAGGCAGCUAUGCCGGGACGCCAUACUUCCCAUGCCAGUGCUGUGUGAGGUGCCCUGCCCCAAAGACUGCGUGCUCAGUCCCUGGACUUCAUGGUCUCUGUGCUCCAAUACCUGCUCAGGGAAGAACUCAGAGGGCAAGCAGACCAGAUCGCGCUCCAUUCUGGCCUACAGUGCUGGGGACGGUGGAGGUCAGUGCCCCAACAGCAGCUCCUUGCAGGAGGUUCGCAACUGCAAUGAUCAUCCCUGCACUGUGUACCACUGGCAGACGGGGCCCUGGGGUCAGUGCAUAGAGGACACCUCCGUUCCGUCCGCCAACAGCUCGCUCAGCCGCGCCGGAGCAGGAAUCGGCACUAAUGAGGCGUUCUGCUCGGUCGGAAUGCAGACUCGGAAAGUCAUUUGUGUCCGGGUCAAUGUGGGCCAGGUGCCACCUAAAAAGUGUCCAGAGAGUCUGCGUCCAGAGACUGUAAGGCCAUGUCUUCUACCCUGCAAGAGAGACUGCAUUGUCACUCCGUACAGUGAUUGGACACCCUGUCCUUCCACCUGCCAGACAGGUGGUGCCGUCAAAAAGAAGCAAUCAAGGAAACGUAUUAUCAUUCAGCUUCCAGCUAACGGAGGCCAAGACUGUCCAGAAGUGCUCUUCCAAGAGAAGGAAUGCGAUGCUUCGUCUGUUUGUCCAGGCUACAGGUGGAAAACCCACAAGUGGCGCAGGUGUCAGCUGGUGCCCUGGACCAUUCGUCAGGACAGUCCUGGAGCACAAGAAACCUGUGGACCAGGACUACAAGCUAGAGCCGUGUCAUGUAAGAAGUUGGAUGGUGGACCUGCAGAUGUUGCAACCUGUCUUAAGCUUGCAGGUCCUAUGCCUCAACUCACUCAGUCCUGCCAGCUUCCAUGUCAGGAUGACUGCCAGCUGACCGCCUGGUCGAAAUUUUCAUCCUGUGCUGCUGAUUGUGUGGGUGUCCGGACUAGGAAAAGGACUCUUGUUGGUAAAAGCAAAAAGAGAGAACAAUGUAAAAACACACAGAUGUAUCCUCUGAGCGAAACCCAGUACUGCCCCUGUAACAAGUACAAUGCCCAGCCCGUGGGGAACUGGUCUGACUGCAUCCUGCCCGAGGGUGGGCGAGUAGAGGGCCUUUUGGGUAUGAAAGUGCAAGGUGAUAUCAAGGAGUGUGGCCAGGGCUACCGGUUUCAAGCCAUGGUGUGCUAUGACCAGGACAGCCGCCUCGUGGAGACGUCACGCUGCAACAGUCACGGUUACAUAGAGGAAGCGUGUAUCAUCCCAUGCCCAUCUGACUGUAAACUCAGUGAGUGGUCGAACUGGUCCCGUUGUAGUAAAUCCUGUGGCAGUGGAGUCAAAGUAAGGUCCAAGUGGCUACGGGAGAAACCUUAUAACGGUGGCAGGCCCUGCCCCAAACUGGACCAUGUUAAUCAGGCUCAGGUGUAUGAAGUGGUACCAUGUCUGAGUGACUGCAGUCAGUAUGUCUGGGUGGCUGAACCAUGGAGCGUCUGGAAGGUCAGCAAUGUUGAUCUGAAGGAGAACUGCGGAGAAGGUGUACAAACAAGGAAAGUUAGGUGCAUGCAAAACACUGUUGACGGACCUUCAGAUCCUGUUGAAGACUAUCUAUGUGAUCCAGAGGAGAUGCCACUUGGAGCAAGAGAGAGCAAGUUGCCCUGUCCUGGGGACUGCGUUCUGACCGACUGGGCUCCUUGGAGUCGAUGCCCACUACCAUGCAGUGUCAAUAGUACAAGGCAGAAGACCGCCAGCCCUAUACGGCAGCCUGGGGAAGGGAAACAGUGUCCUUCAACUACAGAGAAAGAAACAUGCACUCUGAACAGCAACUGCUUCCAUUACUCCUAUAAUAUUACAGACUGGAGCACAUGUCAGCUAAGUGAGCGAGCUGUAUGCGGGGUUGGAUUCAAGACGCGUAUGCUGGACUGUGUUCGCAGUGACGGCAAGUCCGUGGACCUCAAGUUUUGCGAGGAGCUUGGUCUGGAGAAAAAAUGGCAGAUGAACGCUUCCUGUGUGGUCGAGUGCCCUGUCAACUGCCAGCUGUCUGAUUGGUCGUCCUGGUCUGAAUGCUCUCACACCUGUGGUCUUGCAGGGAAGCUCUGGAGAAAGAGAACUGUGAUCCAGGCCUCUCAGGGAGAUGGACGGCCAUGUUCCUCUCAGCUGGAACAGUGGAAGCCCUGUCCUGUUAAACCCUGCUACAGCUGGAGGUACAGCGCCUGGUCUCCAUGCAAAUCUGAGGGUGCACGGUGUGGAGAGGGUCUGCGCUUCAGGAACGUGUCCUGCUUUGUGUCUGAUGGCUCGGGGAAGGAUCCGGGCAGUAUGGUGGAUGAGGAACUGUGUGGAGAUCUGGAGCAGACAGUGGAUGGGGACAAACAGAUCAUCCUGCAGGAGUCCUGUACGGUGCCCUGCCCAGGUGAGUGUUACCUGACAGACUGGACUGUGUGGAGCCCAUGUCAGCUGAGCUGUAUCAGCGGGGACGAUCUGGGCUUCGGUUCGGUGCAGGUGCGUUCCCGUGCUGUUCUAGCUCAGGAACCAGAAAACCUCCUUCAGUGCCCAGAACAGGAAUGGGAAGCCAGGCCAUGUACAGAGGGCCAGUGUUAUGAGUACAAAUGGAUGACUGGUCCAUGGAAAGGUUCGUCUCGACAAGUCUGGUGCCAGCGCUCUGAUGGAUUGAAUGUCACGGGCGGAUGCCCGUUGACAAGCGAGCCGGUGUCUGACAGAUCAUGUGACCCAGCCUGCGACAAACCUCGCUCAUACUGCACUGAGGCUGGUAUAUGUGGCUGUGAGGAGGGUUACACUGAGGUGAUGACAUCUGAUGGAGUGUUGGACCAGUGCACGGUCAUACCGGUGCUUGAGAUCCCCACCGCGGGAGACAGCAAGGCUGACGUGAAGACGAUCAGAGCCCUCAACCCCACUCAGCCCACCGCCAACCUGCCAGGCCGCUCCGGACGCACCUGGUUCCUGCAGCCCUUUGGACCCGAUGGCAAACUGAAGACCUGGGUGUAUGGUGUGGCAGCUGGAGCUUUUGUACUGCUAGUGUUCAUUGUCUCUAUGACUUACUUAGCCUGCAAAAAGCCAAAGAAGCCCCAGAGAAGACAGAUGAACAACAGACUCAAGCCUCUGACACUGGCUUACGAUGGCGACGCUGACAUGUAGCCUAACCACGUUUGCUUCGUACUACAUACUCGCCUCCUUUCAGUCAGCCAUCGGUACAAGCCUCAAACAAGGAGACUCGCGCAAACUCACCGACUGCUUUUUAUAAGACGCUAAUGGAACCUCAGAGAGAGACUCGAUCCGUGUUUAUAUAACGUUUCUCCCCCCUCCUUUUUUUACGUUCAACUUUUUUGACUUUAUUUCACGAGAGCCUUCAUAAACUCUUCAAAAAUCUUCUUCAGGAAGUCUGCCUUCACCUCUGCCAUUGACACCCUUCUGUAACAUAGACUCGACUUUCGGGAGGAAACUUGCAGGACCCUUUUGAAAUUAGGAAUUGUUUUAUUUUGCUGAGAAAGCACAAAAUAUACCCGUCUCUUGUUUAGUCGCGCUUCUUUUCAGCUCCUGCAGUAUGUACAUUGUCUGUAGCUGUUGGGAAGUCGCAUGUUCAGACAACAUAAAUACUCCAUUUAACUCGCUAGUAGCCCUGAAACGCUUCUGUCAGAUCAAUAUUGUGUGAUCAGAAGGAUAAAGGAAGAUUGAAUGGGCUCACUAGCGCCCCCUGUAGAAGCUCUGGCCUGCCUUUCCCCCCUUUUCUGUAUUCAGGCUCCAUUUUGCACUAUAUUAGUGCAGCAUGAACAUUUACUUAUAGCAUUGCCAUAGAAAACUGCCUCUCGCAUAACAAGAUGAUGUACAGUCUUGUGCUAGACACGUUUCUUUAAAAAAAGAGAGCGAGAGAGAACAAAAGUAGCCCUUUUUUCUUCUGAUGGAACUCACUGGUGUUUGUUUCUACAUACUUGUUUACUGGUUACCUCCUGUUUGUGAUAAAGGGGCCGUUGAAAAGAUUUUUGUGGACUCCACAAACCCCCCUCCUGUUGUAUGUACAGUUGCAAUCAGCCUUGUGUUUGCUUUCUUUGCCUGAUUGACUCGUGUAUGAUUCAGUGGUUCUUUUCACCUUAGAGAUCCAGGUCGGUGAAGUUCUCUAUGUGUUUCAGUCUUUCGUCUCUGAUUCCAAGGGCUCUGUGUUCAUACUUCGAGCGCUUUUAACGGUAUGAUGUUUUGAUUUACUGAUCCUACUGUGUCUGUGUGAACCAGUUCUGUUUGCAGUUUAUAUAACGUGACUAUCUAACACAAUAACAGCAUGCGGUUUCAUAUCAACUAGAUUCAGAAAAAUCAGUGCUCUGGUAUUGAAAGAUUAGUUAAGGAAACAUCGGUUACUGCCUUUUUGAGGUUAAAAUAUAUCGGCCAAUAAAUAAAAAAAAUAUAAAUAUAUUUUAAAAUACUGUAGUUUGGACAUUACAUAAAGGAUGAUGAACAGUGAGCUGGUUAUUAUUGUAAAGUAAACCAUGAAAGGCGAUCAUCAUGGAUCGGAGGUGAAUUGUGUCAGAUAAAUAGGUUUAUUUUGUGAUAAUCAUGUUGUUAUUGUUAACUAAAACUAUUAAAAAUGUUUUCAGUAAUUGAAGAAAAGCUGAAAUAAAUUAUAAAGAAAAUGUAAGUGAAAAAUCAAACGUUAUAUCUCAUUAUAAAAGUUUUUUAAAAAAAUAACAGCUAAUUCAAAAUAUUAAUAAAUACUCUAUUAGUACAUAAAUAAUUCUAAAAAUAACACUGGUGAUAAUAACCAACUUACUGUACACUAUUCCACAUAUUACAUGGUUGUUUGCCAUUUAAAUACACUGCUGUUUAAAAGUUUGUGAUCAGUAAGAUUUGUAAUGUUUUUUUUGUUUUUUUUUUUUUAAUUCUGCUCAUCAAGGCUGUGUUUAUAUGAAAUAUGAAAUAUAAAAAUAAAAAAAAAUACAGAAAAGACAGUAAUAUUGUGAAAUAUUAUUGCAAUUUAAAAUAGUGGUUUUCUAUUUUAAUGUUCUUUAAAAUAGAAUUUAUUCCUGUGACGCAAAGUUUAAUUUUCAGCAUCAUUAGUGUCACAUGAUCCUUCAGAAAUUAUUCUAUGCUGAUUUAUUAACAGUUGUGUUUUUUUGUUUGUUUGUUUGUUUGUUUUUUUAAACCCAUUAUUUAUUUAUUUAUUUAUUUAUUUGUUUUUUUUUUUCCGGGCUUCUUUGGUGAAUAAAACGUUAAAAAGCGUUUAUUUAAAACAGAAACAUUUUGUAACAAUAUACAGUACCAAAAUUUGGGGUCAGUAAUUUUUUUCUUUAUUUCUUUCUUUCUUUGUAAGCAAUUAAUACUUUUAUUCAGAAAGGAUGUGUUAAAUUGAUAAAAAGUGAUAGUAAAGACAUAUAGUUAGAAAAUAUUUAUAUUUUGAAUAAAUGCUAAAUUUUACCUUUUUAUUCAUCAAACAAUCCUAAAAAAAAAAAAAAAAAAAAAAAAAAAAAAAAAAGUAUCACAGUUUCCAAAAAAAUAUUAAGCAGUUAAACUGUUUUCAACAUUGAAUAUAAAUCAGCAUAUUAGAAUGAUUUCUGAAGAAUCAUGUUACACUGAAGACUGCAGAAAUGACUGGUGAAAAUUCAGCUUUUCAUCAAAAAAAUAAAUUAUAUUUUAAACUAUAUUAAAAUAGAAAACUGUUAUUUUAAAAUGCAAAAAUAUUUCACAAUAUUACAGCUUUAUUAAGUGCAACUUUUAUGAGCAUAAGAGACUUAUUUAAAUAACAUUAAAAUAUUACCAAUCCCAAACAUUUGAAUGGCAGUGUAGAAGUUUAAAUUAUUUUCCAGUUGUACCUGUAUAUUAUCGUAAAGUUUCCACUAAAAUAGUUAGGCAACAAUUUACAGAACAGUCAGCUUAGCAACAAGACGAACGCUGCAUUACUGAAGACGCUCAAUGUGACUUUCAAUACAUUUAUGAACUGAGACACAAGAUGGCACCAGUUUUGUUUGACAUGAAAGUAACUGCAGUGAUUUACCAGACUUGAAUAUUCGAGAAAGCCGUGUAAUAAGUGUUUGUGAUGUUCCGCUUUCAAAAGAAAAAAUGUUUUCUUUUAAGGACGCCAGUUUUCUCACCAUGCCGUGAACCUGCACACCAACAGAAUUGGUUUUUAAGAAGAUGUGUGGAUUCAUAUGUGACUGAAAUAAUCGUCAGUGUCACCGACCUUCUAAAAAUUGGGUAGAAAAGCACAAAUAAGUAGGUUAGGGCCAUUUUUCCCAAAAACCAUAUCUGCAGUGAAUGAACUAUGGGCGCUAUUGAUCUCUAAAGGCAUAUCAUUGAAUUUGCUUUCAAUUGCGACGGGUGAAAGGAAUGUUUACUUAUGUGUUCAUACUUGUUUUGUUAAUUUGUAAAUACAUGAAUGAUCUUUUAUUUAAUAAUGAUUUCUUUAUUAUAUAUAAAUUGGUUCAUUUCUUUUUUUACUACACAAAGUGUUUAGUAAAACCUCUCGGCAUGUGUCUGACGGUGUGUGUGUGUAUAGGGAGUGUGUGAAUGCGUGUGUGAGAGCGAGAGAGUCUGUUGUUACUGAUCUUCGCUGGGGCGAACCAAGUUACUGUGUGAAAAUGUUGCUUUCUUCUUUUCCUACAGGUUGUUUAUAUGUGUCUGAUGAAUUGCUGAUAAUAAACAAGAAAAACA